AUGGGACGAACUGUAUUGCACGCGUCAAGCCCGCAUGAUUCAAGCAUUUUCAAUCUGCUCGUAUGUAUCGCCGGCAUCUACACGUGUUAUCUUAGCUAUGGCAUUUUUCAGGAGAAAAUCUUCACAUACCGUUCUCCAAAUGGCGAUAAGUUUACAUCGACUCUUUUCAUGCUCUUCGUACAGUGUGUCACUAACUCGAUCGUUGCUUACGCCGCUACAUUCGUUUGGAAACCUGAACGCGCUCGCAUGCCUUUGGCACCAUUUGCAUUGACAGCUGGUGCCUACUUGGGUGCUAUGCUAUGCAGUAAUGAAGCUCUUAAGCACGUGAGCUUCCCUACUCAAGCUUUGGGUAAGUCGUGCAAAAUGAUUCCGGUGAUGCUCAUGGGCGUGCUCAUUCGUCGGAAGAAGUAUACGCUCCGUGAUUAUAUUUGUGUAUUGGUCAUCACUUCGGGUAUUGCUGUCUUUCAACUUGGCAAAAGCUCGGCUAAACAUGCAGAGCGUGAGAAUAGCACGUAUGGACUGUUAUUACUCUUUCUAUCGCUCACAUUAGAUGGUAUUUCGGGUCCGAAGCAAGAAGAGAUUGCACACCAACUACGUCCCUCUGUUCACCAGCAGAUGUUCAACACGAACAUCUGGGCUGUCGUUUACACGGGAAUUGGUGCUUUGGUCACUGGUCAGGCACUGGAAGGAUUGUAUUUUUGUAUAAAUAACCCUGCUAUACUCAACUCGGUCUUCUAUUUCUCCAUCUGCAGUGCAUUAGGCCAAAACUUCAUUUAUUUCACCAUCCAGCAGUUUUCGGCCCUCACAUGCACAACAAUUACAACCACCCGCAAGUUUUUCACGAUUUUAUUCUCUGUUGUCUGGUAUGGACAUGAGCUUAGUCUUAUGUCAUGGUUUGGGGUUGCUAUUGUAAACAUUGGUCUUGGAUGGGAGCUUUCCAGCAAGUAUCGAAAGUAUCAAGUACAAAGCGCCAAGCUUACUUAG